AUGCUCCUUCUCAACGUUUGUCCCGGAGAGUCUGCAUUGGUAGUGUGGUUCAACGACAAUGACGUGCCAAACUACGCCAUCUUGUCUCACACAUGGGGCCCAGAUGAGAUCAGCUACCAAGAGCUGGUCUGGAUUAACAGAAUCAAGGCGUUCUCAACCCAACCCAACACCCAAUCCAGUUUCAUGUUGAUGGCCAUGGGGAUGAUGAUGGGAAAUGGCAAUUCUGGGUCGAGUUUUGGGAGCAUCGCCGAAGAUGACCUUCUUAGCAGGCGAGGAUAUUCAAAGAUUAUCGAGGCAUCAAGAGAGGCGCAAAAUCUGGGGUAUAAAUACGUAUGGAUCGAUACUUGUUGCAUCGACAAAUCGUCAAGUGCGGAGCUUCAGGAAGCCAUUAACUCCAUGUAUCGCUGGUAUGAAAAUGCAGAAGUAUGUCUUGUUUAUCUGGAAGACAUACCCACCCCUCGCAGAGACGGCGUCAAGACAGCAUCCGAGAUUGCAAAGCUCGCAUUCGAAACAAGCAGAUGGUCAACGCGAGGCUGGACAUUACAAGAACUGGUAGCACCGGCUGUGUGUCGCUUCUAUUUCGGGGACUGGACGUUGAUGGGUGAAAAAGUAGAGUUUCUGGAAGAGCUUUCCCAGACUACGGGAAUACCUACUUUUGUUUUUGAAGAACGAAGAUCGGCUGCUGAAGUUUCUGUAGCGGAGCGAAUGUCAUGGGCAGCCUUUCGUAAAACAACACGCAUCGAGGACCAAGCAUACUGCUUACUAGGUCUAUUCGAUAUUCAGAUGCCACUUCUAUAUGGUGAAGGCGAAAAGGCUUUCACUCGCUUGCAGGAACAGAUCCUCAAGACAACAGACGACUACUCGCUAUUUGCUUGGAGUGCAGUCACCGCCGAUGAGUCUACUUAUCGAGGCUUGCUUGCGCGAUCACCUGUAGAGUUUCGCGAUUGCGGCACCAUUGAGCUCGAAAAUGUCAUAUCAACCUUUCCAAUCGGUUCGACACCCAUUGGCCUUCGCGUGCAAUUUGAAUUUCUACCGGAUCCGAAGGAUAAAGGCCGUGUCGUGGCCAUGAUCCGAUCAAGCAAUUCCAUGAACCAACGACUAGCAAUUCGGCUGAUAUGCUUAGAUGGCGGCAUGCAAUACGCAAGGGUCGACGCAGGGUCUGUUGUGCCCAUUGAUGACUGGCCAACUGGUCAGCUGCGUACCAUCUACGUCCGACAAAAGCUCUCGGUACCACCUGACUUCAUCACUCCAGAAUUUCGCUGCUUUCACGUUGGUCGCCGGAUAGCGAACCAGACCCUACCACCAGUCCGCAUCAUUAGUGUUUUCCCGCGAGAACUCUGGAACUCGGAAACACACGAACUCCAGAUACCAAACGACACAACUGAGGCUUUUGGUGUCCUGUUGCUCCGCGUUCAGUCUCAUACUUAUGCGCAUUCCCUAAACUUUCCAGUCGCGUUUGGAUUCAAUCGCACUACAUGUCACUACUGGUGUAAAGCCGUCCCGAACUUUGCGUCAGCUGCAGCUGUUGGGGCUCGUCGGGGAUGGCAGGAGCUGGUGAAAGAACAGAUCCCUGCUGAGGUCUAUGAUCCACUCAGCGGCGCUGAUGUUCGUCAUGAUAUCUUCGUGGUCGGAGACAGCGGUCUGGGGAUCAACGUUAGUAUCAAGGCUGGUUUGUGUCAGGAUACCAUAGCGCUUCGAGUCAACAUCGAUGGUUUAGUCAAGUGGGGAUAG